UAUAAAAUGAGAUUUCAGAAGCUUAUUGAACACCAGAACAGAACAGGAGACAGGAUGUAGAGUCUCGUGGCUGAAGAAGUUAAACCGGAAAACAGCAGAAACACAAGACUUUUUAUUUCACUAAGUAUCUGUUCACAUGUUCAGUGGAGGAUGUAUGCUAGACAUGGCAGAGUUCCUGAGUGGGUUUAAUCUACAGCUGAUGAUUGGUGUCAUCAGUCUGAGUCUCCUUCAGAACAUUUCAGCUGAUCUGUUAUCUGUUGAUCCUGGAGAAAACGUCACUCUGCCCUGUAACAUCACUAAUUAUUCAGAGAUAUCAUGGUAUCACAAGAACUCAGCAGGCGAGAGGCAGAUUAUAUCGACCUCACAAGGGAAUGUGGACAAACACUUUUAUAUUGAUAAUAAUGAGGAUAAGAGUCACUUUACUAUAACAGAAAGCAGUAGUUCAGUCAGUUUAGUGAUUAUUGGAGUUAGAGACACAGAUCUGGGAUUUUAUUACUGUGGAGGUCGAAACAAAGAACACAUUCAGUUUGGGAAAGUCAUCAGUCUGAACUUUACAGGUGGCAGCAGAAAUGAGACUCGUUCUUCAUCAGAGGAUUCAGAUUCACACCAGACUGGAGUUACUGAGAACAUCUGGAUUAUACAUAUGACCAUAAUGUGUGUGUGCUCCAUCUCUGUCCUAAUAAUCAUCAUCUGCAUGUGUGUGCUCUGUAGCAGGGUGGAAGGAAAAUUAUCAUCAUCAUUAUCAUCAUGCUGCAGUCAUGACACCAGCUCCACUGAACAGGAUGAAAACCUUCAUUAUGCCAGUGUUCAGUACAAAAGAAAGACCAGAAAAUCUUCUAUGAACAACACAACAUCAGAUUUGGACAGUGUGACAUACGCAAUAGUCACCUCACAGCCACAGAGAUACUGAACAACACAAGAUGGUCUGCUCUGAUAUCAUCAUGGAUUUCAGAUCAUCUUAAACUUCAUCCCGCACCACUGAGCUGAUGUUCAUCUCUGGAGCUUCAUCACCAUGUCAGGAUCUUCUGAUUUACUGCAGAACUCUUAGAUCACACAUCAUGGACCAUCAGUUACUCUUCUAUCUAACUUGACAUGGAAAGUUGUCAGGACACACAGUGCUGAAAAGGUUUCACUGAAAUCUCUGUCAGACAAAUUCACUAAAUUCUUCCACCGAAACAUGAAACAUUUUGGGAGAAAGUAGAAAGAAUAUUAUUAUACCAUGACUAUCAUGUAAUAAUAAUAAUAAUAAUAAUAAUAAUAAUAAUAAUAAUAAUAAUAAUAAUAAUAAUAAUAAUAAUUGUUGUUGUUUUAUAUUCCAUAGAUGGUAUUUUAUUUUGAUGGUACUCUGUCUUUGUCAAUACCAUAAGCAUUCUUUUACUGUUGAAUCAAGAUCCUAUUUUA